AUGGCGGCCGCCGUCGGCAGGAUUUGUGGGGCACGACUUUUGAAAAAUUACAACUUAGUUUCACCCCAGGUCUGUCAGCUGUCCACUAAUGCCCAAGGAUGGACAAGAAACAGAAAAUUGCUCCUGUCGACAUUAGGUGUAAUAGGCGGUGGAGCAGGAGCUCUUCUCUUUGCCCUUGAACAAUCUGUUCAAGCUUCAGGGACUGAAGCUCAUCCGUAUCACCAACCCUGGAGCCAUGACGGUUGGUUCAAAUCAUUUGAUCAUGCCAGCGUACGCCGCGGUUAUGAAGUGUAUAAGCAAGUGUGUAAAGCAUGCCAUUCAUUGCAAUACAUUGCUUUCCGAAACCUGGUCAAUGUUACCCAUACUGAAGAGGAAGCUAAGGCUGAGGCAGCAGAGGUAAUGAUUAAGGAUGGCCCUGAUGAAGAAGGAAACUACUUUGAGAGGCCUGGAAAGCUGUCGGACUACUUCCCAUCACCAUAUCCUAAUGAAAAUGCUGCUAGGGCAGCCAAUAAUGGUGCCUACCCGCCUGAUCUGUCGCUCAUCUGCUCGGGACGUAAGGGUGGCGAAGAUUACAUCUUUGCGCUACUUACUGGUUACACUGACCCACCAGCUGGUGUAUUGUUGCGUGAAGGACAAAACUACAAUCCUUACUUCCCAGGCGGUGCUAUCUCUAUGGCUCAAGUAUUAUAUGACGAGGCGGCUGAAUAUAGUGAUGGAACUCCUGCUACCGCUUCACAACUGGCUAAGGAUGUUUCUACCUUCCUGCGAUGGUGUUCGGAGCCUGAAUUAGACGACCGGCGUCUUAUGACCAUCAAAGCUAUAGGGAUAUUCUCCACACUUGCUGUUAUAGUCUACUACUUUAAGCGGCACAAAUGGAGCACGAUCAAAUCCAGGAAACUAGCUUACAAACCAUGUAGUGGGUGCACUUCCCUAGGUCCUGAAACAGUGCUAGUUACUAGAGAUGAUGACGGCACAAUAUUUUGCAGCAGAGAAACUAUUCCAAACACAGAAAUAAAUACAUUCUUGAGGCAAGCAGCGAUAAGAAGUAUAACUUGCGAAGUGAGUUGGAGUAAAGAAGGUGGUGUGAUUUACUUCAGUGACAUUCCGGGCCAUGUAUUAAGCUUAAUGUUUCAACUAAAGGAUACUAGAGCCCGGGGAUUGAAAAGAUGGUUCUCGAUUGUGGUGCUAAUGAAAGACAAGUUGUUACUUCUAAAUCUAACGCCAAUGCUGUCUGAACAAAUGCAGAAAAUAUCAAAAGAACUUCAAGAAUUAGCUAAUGUUGUGUUUGAGAAUGAGCAAAGUAUUUGUUCCCAAAGAGCAUUGAGGCUAAAAACUGGAAGAAAUGAUUUUGGCCAGUCCAGAUCUUUAACACAAUUAACUGGUGAAGAAAAUAUCUACAAGAGACUUCAUUCUCAUUUUACAUGGAUGUUAAAAACUGGUGCACUCACAUAUUCGGAGACUUUGUAUACAAUGUUCAGGAUAUUAUUAUAUUGCGUAUUAACUGGAGUAGAUGUAAUUGUGAAUUCUAACUGCAGUAAUUCAACAAACAUUAUACAGGGUUUAUCACAGUUCUUACCAAUUCCUGCAAACACGGCAUUUGCUAAAAUUAGAAGCGAAAAUACAGAUGCCACUACAUCUAAAUGUUGUAUUUUAGAACAGAGUGAGGAUUGCAAUUAUAAUUGCAAAUGGUUCAGCAAAAUACCUGUUAAGUGCCCUACUCUUAUGAACAAGAUCGAAAAUGCAAUCUCAAAUGAAAUGUUCAGUGAACCAAUACUGAAUCAACACAUUAAAUCACUACAGUUAGAGUGGUUGGGU